GCUAGGAGGUCUGAGGCGUGACCCCUGGGUUUACAACCAAUGGGCACCCGGCCAGGCGGUGUCCGAGUCCUCUCAGUUAGGGUUCGCGUUUGAGAGGCCAGGGUGUUACGGAUUGGGCGGUCUUCCCUCCGCAGAGGUUAAAUCUAGUAAAUGGGGGAGUGCUUACUGGCCAGGGGUUAUUCCGGACCAUAGGAUCCUUCGAAAAAUAUCCUGACCUGGUAGUCAACUCAACCUCACUAACAAAGAGGGUGGGGCGCAGUCUUCAUUCAGCAUUGGCUGGCGACCAGGAAAACUCAGCGAAGCUGGUGUAACUGAGGUAAGGCUACACGAGACCUAAUCAUUUAUCCAAGAUCACGGAGUUGAGUUCAGAUCCCAGGAGCAUCUGACUUAUUCGUCACAACCCCGUCUCUUUAUUAUACUGCCUUUCUCCAAGACUUCCAUCCAGUACAAUAUUGAGUAAGAGUUGUGGUAGCAAAUGUCCUUAUCCUGUGCCUAACUUGAAUGAAAAUGCUUUGCUGCUAGAAUGUUUUAUGCAUUUAUGGACCAAAAGAUGGAGUUGUCUGAUACAGCUAUAAAUAUUUAAUCAAUGAAGAUUCAUGGACUUGUCACUAUGUUGGACUAGUUAAUUCUUAAAGUUUCUUUAAUCACAAUUUCUAUUUGAACAUUCAAAUAUCACAGAAUACUGGGUUUAGAGUGGUAUAAUGAUUUAUUUUUCUCUGAGGACUGCAAAUUUCAUAGACACCACAGUUGGAUUCCAGUUAUAUUCUCCAUCAAAGUGAUUCACCCAUUUGAUAAAGUUAAUUUUGAAGAGUUUUAUGUUUAUGAACAACACCAAAGAUGGGAGAAAGAAAUGAGAGGGAAGGGAGGGGAAAAGAGAGGAAGAGAAACAUUGAUGUGAUGUGCAAGAUAUACAUCAAUCAGUUGCCUCUCACAUGCCCCCAACUGAGGACCUGGGCCCACAAGCCAGAAUACAUCCAAGCAAUGAUUCUAGUGAAUGAAGCCACUAGAAAUAACAGUUCAACACUGAUAAAGGCUCAUAAGUCUGUGACUGAGAAUGAACAGAAAAACAAAUCACAUUCAUGGCCAUCUACAUCAUAUGAAGAAUCCUUUCCAGAAGACUGUACAGUUCUCACUACAAAAAAUAAGGAAUCUCCUUCACUGGGAAAUAAAGCUGUGGACUUUGGAGAAAAAGAAUCCUCUUUGAAUUUAUCUUACCAAAGUCAUGACUGCUCUGGUGCCUGUCUGAUGAAAAUGCCACUAACCUUCACAGGAGAAAACCCUCUGCAGCUACCAAUUACAUGUCACUUCCAAAGACGACAUGCAAAGACAAACACUCAUUCUUCAGCACUCCACGUGAGUUAUAAAACCCCUUGUGGAAGGAGUCUACGAAACAUGGAGGAAGUUUUCCGUUACCUGCUUGAGACAGAGUGUAACUUUUUAUUUACAGAUAACUUUUCUUUCAAUACCUAUGUUCAGCUGACUCGGAAUUACCCAAAGCAAGAAGAAAUUGUUUCUGAUCUGGAUAUUAGCAAUGGAAUGGAAUUGGUGCCCAUUUCUUUCUGUAAUGAAGUUGACAAUAGAAAGCUUCCAUACUUUAAGUACAGAAAGACUAUGUGGCCACGGGCAUAUUAUCUAAGCAGCUUUCCCAACAUAUUUACUGAUUCAUGUGACUGCUCUGAGGGAUGCAUAGACAUAACAAAAUGUGCUUGUCUUCAAAUGACAGCCAGGAAUGCUGAAAUUUGCCCCUUGUCAAGAGAUAAAAUAACCAUUGGAUAUAAAUAUAAAAGACUACAGAGACACAUACCAACUGGCAUUUAUGAAUGCAGCCUGUUGUGUAAGUGUAAUCGGCGAAUGUGUCAAAAUCGAGUUGUUCAGCAUGGACCUCAAGUGCGGCUACAGGUGUUCAAAACUGAGAAGAAGGGAUGGGGAGUACGCUGCCUAGAUGACAUCGACAGAGGGACAUUUGUUUGCACUUACUCAGGAAGAUUAUUAAGCAGAUCUAACACUGAGAAACCUGAUGCUAUUGGUGAAAAUAGAAAAGAAGAAAAUACUAUGAAAAAUGUGCUUUCAAAAAGGAGGAAAAUGGAAGUUGCAGAUUGUGAGGUUGAAGUUAUCCCAUUAGAAUUGGAUAAAAGUGCUAAAACUGAAGAGUGUCCAGCUAAGUUUAAAAAUAAUCCAAAAAAGCCUAUUAUAGAUAUGAAAUGUAACAAUAUUUCAAGAAUUCGAUAUCAUUCAGCCAUUACAACUCUGAAGACCAAGAUAGCUAUUAUUCAACCUGAUGGGAGAAAAAUGGGAUUUGCUUCCUCAGAAUCUAUCACUUCUGAAGGUAAUGAUGAAUUUAAAUCAACUCAAAUACAUUUGACCACUAAAGCUAACGAUAUAAAAAAAUGUUUUUUAGUGAACACAAGCUCAAAUCCAGUUGAAGAUUCUGAAGACAAACUCCUGAUUGAAUCAGAUGUGAUAGAUAAAACUAAAUGUAGAGAAGAAACUUCACUGGGGGGCAGAUAUAAUGAAGCAACCACAUUGGAUAAUCAGAAUAUUAUGAAGGAAUUUGAGGUUCAAAUACUAAAGCCCCAAGAGAAAAAAUCUCCAGCAUGUCAAAACCAGCAGGUCAUUUGUGGUGAAGAAUUGUCAGGUGAAACCAAGAAUACUUCAUCUGACUCUCUAAAGUUCAGUAAAGGAAAUGUGUUUUUACUGGAUGCCACAAAAGAAGGAAAUGUGGGCCGCUUUCUUAAUCAUAGUUGUUGCCCAAAUCUUUUGGUACAGAAUGUUUUUGUAGAAACACAUGACAGGAAUUUUCCAUUGGUGGCAUUCUUCACCAACAGGUAUGUGAAAGCAAGAACAGAACUAACGUGGGAUUAUGGUUAUGAAGCUGGGACUGUUCCUGAUAAAGAAAUCCUCUGCCAAUGUGGAGUUAAUAAAUGUAGAAAAAAAAUAUUAUAAAUCUGUAGCUGAUGCCUAUUCAUGAAAUCAGCUUAUAAAGCUGAAAUUAGAGCGAUGCAAAAGAAUAACCAGUUGUCAGUGGAAUGUAGUUGGAAUGAACCUCCUUGUCAGGGGGUUCAUUUAUGUGACUUAGAAAUGCUAGGAACAAAAUAAGAACAUUUUCAUAAGCAUAGGGUAUCUAUUCUUACCACUAGAUGACUUUAUGUAUGUAGGAUGGAAGUGGAUAUUUUCAAUGAAAUACUACUAUACAAUUUGUAACUUGCUUGUAAAUUAUAUAAGAGAAACUAGUGUCACAUAGAA